AUGGGUUUUAUCAACAGUGGCCGUUCUUCAGGUGAUGGCUAUAGUCUCAUCAAAGCUGCAUCCAAGGCCUAUGCUGAACAGGAGGAGCAGAAGCAGAAGCAGAGGGAAAGUCUCCAACCCGCUUCCCAAAGGCUUCGACAUGCUUCCCAGCAACAGUUCUAUCUUGAUAACAAGCGCCGAAUGGGCUAUAAGGAUAGUAGCCAAAAAAGCGACCCUCAUAUCCACUCAUCUUACCCUCUACAUGGGUCUCGCUCAAACCACGACAGCAAUGUGAACCAGUCUAAGCCACAAGCACAAUCCAAAUCGACCCACCAGCCGUCAAUGUGCCGUACAACUACAAAGACCAUGGAUGACCCUCCACCAUACGAUCCUUCACCACAGGCACAAACCCAGUCGACUCACCAGCCGUCAAUGUGCCGUACAACUACAAGGACCAUGGACGACCCUCCCCCAUACGACCAGAGCCACCCAUACGAAAUGCAGGUAGAUGGUAAGCCUAUUCUAAACUUAUCACCAUUUCUAUCAUCAAAAGAAUCUCAAUUUUUCAUGCACAUCUUCAACACCGAAACCGCCCCGCGGCUGUUCCCCGCAGCUCCACUCUUCCUGCAAAGAAUCAUUGCAAGUUCCCUAGAGACACCCCAUCUUCUCUAUGCCCUCCUCGCAUCUGCCUGCAGUCACCACAGCCGACUUGUCCAAGACACAGGACCAAAGUCAAAGGUAUCCUGCUUGAGGUUCACGAACUUGUCAAUUUCUAGUCUGCGAUCAGCUCUCAGAGAAACGAAUGCAACACUGACAGCUGAGACUGUGACAACAGCCAUGGCUCUGUGCACUAAUGAUGUGUGCAAUGGGAAUAUGCAGACAUGGCGUACUCAUCUUGGUGGGGUAAUGCGUCUUUUGGGUGCCUUUUUGGAUACUCAAGGAACACCGCGAAUUGCUGAUCCUUACAUUCAAUGUUUGGUCAAAUGGUUUACAACAAUGGAUGUUCUCGCCGGAUUAUCGGGAUUGAGCACUAGUGGUGUAAUGAGCUCUGAUACAGGGCUACUGGAUAGGUCUUUUGAUCUGUUGACCCCGCAUGUCGACGAUAUAUGUGGAUACUCCUUGCAGUUGGCUCCGCUGCUUGCACGGCUAUCUCAAUUGGUGCAACGCCAAUGUAACACUGGGCCUGCAAUGCAACAAGGCGUCUUAGAAGAAUCCCGAAAGCUUGAGAUUGAGAUUUUUUCCCUUGUUGAGUGCAGUGUUUCUGGUGGGGAUUCCCUUGAGCUGCAGAGUACGCAUCUUGCCUUUGUACACUCCGCUCUACUACACCUCCAUCGCCGAGUCCAAUCACUCCCAAGAAACCACGAGUCGGUGAAAGAGGAUAUCAGGAAAGUCAUAGCCGCAAUAGAAGACAUCCCACCGUUCUCUUCGGCGAAUAUCUUGAUCCUUUGGCCCAUAUUCAGUGUUGGCUGUGAAACCGACGAUACCAAGGAACGUGAAUUUAUCUACAACCGGAUGGGCGACAUGCAAAGUCUUGGGAUGGGAAAUUUUACAAGAGCACGAGAGCUUCUGAGUACAUUUUGGGCAUCCGAGACAACCUUGUCCUGGGAUAUGUAUUUCGCGAAUCUUGGAUUAGAACUGGUUCUAUUCUAA